AUGGCAAAGAGAAGCGCAGACCCGACGGAGCUGCGGCCCACCAAGAAGUCCAAGUCUGACGAGAAGCACUCAAGCAAGAAGGAGAAGAAGGAGAAGAAGGACAAGAAAGAGAAGAAGGAGAAAAAGGAGACCAAACCCGAUGUGGACACAGUGAACGACGUUCCAUCAGAAGAACAGACGGGCUACGUGGAAGUUUCGGCGCUCACAAACCUGCCGCAGUCUGAGAUUGAUCAAUUCCUCCAGGAAAAGGUCAUCAAGAUCACGGAUUCCGCCACAGAUGCACCACCUCAACUUCGUCCGAUUAUUUCCUUCGACUAUCUUCCCCCUUGCAACAACAAUUUGUACGCUCCGUUGAAGGCAUUCCCUGCUCCCUCGCCCAUCCAGGCCGCUACCUGGCCUCUGCUCUUCUCGGGUCGCGAUGUGAUUGGUAUCGCAGAGACUGGCAGUGGUAAGACCCUUGGUUUUGGUCUGCCCUGUCUGAAGAAGCUGCUGGAUUCCAAGCGAAGCCGCAAGCCGUAUCACCCGGCCGCUGUGAUCAUCUCUCCAACCCGUGAGCUUGCGAUGCAAAUCUACGACCAGCUGAUCAAGUUCUCCGACGUCGCCAAUGCCGACGUGACGUGCAUUUUCGGUGGCGUGGGCAAGGACGAGCAGCGAGUUGCACUCAAGACGGCUGCGAUCGUGGUCGCUACACCCGGCCGUCUGAAGGAUCUCCAGAACGACGAGUCCGUCAGCCUGAGCAAGGUCAAGUACCUUGUUCUUGACGAGGCCGAUCGUAUGUUGGACAAGGGAUUCGAGCAGGAUAUCAAGGACAUCAUCCAGCCUAUGCCCGUUUCAAAGAGACAGACCGUCAUGUUCACAGCGACGUGGCCCAAGUCGGUUCGCGACCUUGCCGCUACUUUCAUGAACUCCCCCGUGACGGUCACGAUCGGCGGUGAUCCUUCUGCGGAUCCUCGUGCCAACACUCGUAUCAAGCAAGAGGUCGAAGUUCUCGACGGUCGGGAGAAGGAGAACCGACUCAUCCAGCUGCUCAACCGAUCCCAAAGGGGUCAGAACCCCGAAAAAGUCCUGGUCUUCUGUCUGUACAAGAAGGAGGCCAUGCGGAUCGAGGGCCUCAUCAAGAGGAAGGGCUUCCGAGUCGCUGGUAUUCACGGUGAUCUGAAUCAGUCGGACCGAUUCCGCAACCUCGAGGCCUUCAAGAGCGGAGCCGCGACCGUCCUGGUCGCUACUGAUGUGGCUGCUCGGGGUCUGGAUAUCCCUGCGGUGAUGUUGGUGAUCAACGUCACUUUCCCUCUGACGGUGGAGGACUACGUUCACCGUAUUGGCCGAACUGGCCGAGCUGGAAAAGAGGGUCACGCGAUUACAUUGUUCACCGAACAAGACAAGGCGCUUUCUGGCGGUCUGAUCAACGUUCUGAAGGCCGCCAAGCAAGAAGUGCCCGAGGCUCUGCUCAAGUUCGGUACUACUGUCAAGAAGAAGCAGCACGACGCCUACGGUGCUUUCUACAAGGACAUUGGCACUGACAAGAAGGCCACCAAAAUCACCUUUGAUUAG